CAUAGAUUUGGUUGGCACCCUAAAAUCUGGAAUUGCAUCCAGUGAUAUGAUCCAUGACCUGAGGGUCCUAAGCUCAUUCAUGAUGUAAUUUGAAUAACCGGAAAAGUGAGUGUCUGAGAAUUUGCCUGGGGGAGCAAGUUCAGAGUAGGAUCCAAGGCAGUGUGCACUUAGCAGGAAAGCACCUGAUGCUGCUGCAUUUAACCUGCAGCUUCUAAUGAUCUGCCAAGGGUUAGGCACUGGGAAAGUACUGACAACAGGAGCACUGGAAAAACCUCAGACCUCUUCAGAACUGUGGGAAGCAGCUUUCCUUUUAGGAUCUUCUCUUGAAGCAUUCAAAUGUAAGACUCCUGAAGGAUAAGCACUCUGGAGGUGCAGAGAUAAUUGUAAGCAUGGCACACAUACUAAAGACACUCAACAGCUGGUUCUGGUGGGAGAAUAUCUGGAUGCCCAUCAACUGCACAUGGGCAGAUUUUGUAGACCGUGAUGGACUUGUGUUUCCCAAACCACAUCAGUUGUAUGUCACAAUCCCAUACGCUUUUGUAUUGCUGAUCAUCCGAUUCUUCAGUGAAAGAUAUGUUGCUAAACCUCUAGCAAAAGCCUUGGGUAUAAAGAAUGUAAGACGUGUGAAGCCACAGCCUAAUCCUGUGUUAGAGAGUUAUUUCCGGGAGUGCUCAAGACAACCAUCCCAAUCAGAGAUCAAAGGCCUUGCCAAAAAGUGCAACUGCACCGUCCAUUUGGUGGAGAAAUGGUUCAGGAGACGGCGAAACCUGGAGAUCCCAACAGUGCUCCAGAAAUUCCAGGAAGCCUUCUGGCGAUUUUCAUUCUAUCUGACAUCCUCCAUUGUUGGAUUUAUAUUUCUGUAUGAUAAACCCUGGUUUUACGACAUAUGGCAGACGUGGGUUGGUUAUCCGUUUCAGACCUUGCUGCCAUCCCAGUACUGGUACUACAUGGCCGAGAUCGGGUUUUACUGGUCUCUCGUAUUUACCCUUGGGAUCGACAUCAAGCGGAAGGAUUUUAUGGCUCACGUCGUUCAUCACCUGGCAGCCAUCGGGUUGAUGAGCGGCUCUUGGUGUGGCAAUUACGUGCGGCUUGGAACUCUGGUGAUCUUCGUGCACGACACUGCAGAUUUCUGGCUCGAGGCAGCCAAAAUGUUUAAUUAUGCUCGCUGGGAGAAAACCUGCAACAUGCUGUUUAUCAUCUUCUCUAUCGCAUUCUUCAUCACCAGGAUGAUCCUGUUCCCCUUCUGGAUUCUUCGUGCCACGCUAUAUCAGCCUACCUACUACUCCACAACUCCUGUCAUAGCAUAUUUUUUAUUCAAUGGGAUGCUAUUAAUCCUCCAAGGCUUGCAUUUAUAUUGGGGUUACUUAAUUUUCAAGAUUUUGAAAAGGUUCGUUUUCCUAAAGGACUUGAAAGAUGAUCGGAGUGAUGAAGAGGAGGAAGAUUCUCUUACAGACACUGAAGAGGAGUCCACAAAGAGUGGCACCAAGAACAGCAGUGGGUCAAGCAAGCACCUCCUAAGCAGCAGUCACCACUAGCCCUGUCCUGCCUCACCUCCUGCUGAUUCCUGCUCUGGUUUUAGCCCAACCUACAGGACAGGAUUUAAGUCAAAAGGCUUGUGAGAGACUGUGAUUGAUUUAUUGUUGGCUACUGGGCCUGGAAAAAAGCCCAGUUUAGAGGGGAGGGAGAAAUUGCAUAACAUGACAAAAUGUGUUAAUGACCCACUUUCAGAAUCGUUGAGGAGUGUGUGGAAAGAUGUUUGGACACGCUGACUGACAGUGCUCCACAAGGGCAAAGCUCAAGAGAGUCAAAUAAUUUAGUGUCCCGUUGAUUCUAAUGUUGUUUUUCAAUCUGAUAUAACAUAUAUUUCAUCAAACAAUUUAAAUCACAGAUGUUUUGUGGUAGGUAGGUAGUGUGAACUCCAUUAGGAACCAGAAUUACUCAAUGUGGGAAAAAUUUGAUGGUGCUGUACCGUGACUGACAUUUUAUCUUUACUUUUCAGUUCAAACCCUCAUCAAAAUGGGUAUUUUUCUGAGUUAUAUUUCAUUUCCUGGAGGCCAGAGGAAGCAAACAUGGAGGAAUUCAAAUUACUUGUCUGUGAAGGGUUGGCUUCAGUGUAGAAAUAUAGUCUUUCUCUGAAGUGAUAGAUAGCUGAAAUAUUGUGUCAAGGAAGUCACUGUUAAAACAGCAAAACUCAGCCCCAGUUCUCCAUUGAGUUCCAGGCUUCUCAAAUGUCUUUCAGUCAUUUUGGCCCAGUGUUAGAACAGAAGGUGCAGAGGCGAGAGAAGAGGGGAAGUGGAAAUUGGGAAAAACACCCUCUGCCCUUCACUGAUCUUCAGACCAGAAAGUUAAAACCAAAUCUCAUCCAUUCCCUUCUCAUGGCCUUGUCUCACAGCUUUGGAUACUGCCUCCUCUGGAGUUCUGAGCUGUGGUUCUGGAGUGUUCACUGCAGGUACCUGGGCACUGGGGAGCACGGGACUGGCACAGGAUGUCACACUGUCACUGCUGUGGGUUCAUUUGAUACCAGGAUCUGUAUUUCCAUCUCUGCUCUUUUAUAAAAUGGGGAAUCACAUCAGCUAGACCCAAACUUGGAUGUAUAUGACUACAGCCACUUGCUGUUGUUUAUGCUGUAACCAGUGAGCAACAGCUCCUCUUACCCAAAGUGCCUCUAUCCUAAAUUUGCACUUCUGUUCUAACACAAGUGAGGCUGCAGCAGCAUUUUCAGUCCCAGGGCUCUCCAUGGAGAGCCCAGGCCUUGUAAACAGGGUGGUGCCAGUCCCAUUUCCCUCUGCAUUAGCUCACAGGGUCAUAAAGGAUUUGUGUCAUAAGUUUGGGAGGCGAGAGGCUCUGCAUGUGGUUCUACAGUAGCUGAGAUCAUCUGGGGAGCUAAAUCCAGUAGUUUGAUAGAGGCCAGGGGACCCUUCCUAGAGCAGCCUCUGCAGAGUGUUCGGGUCAGAACGGCUCCGUUCCCCUCCGGCUGCUCCAGCAGGAAUUGGUGACCUACGGGAAGCAUUACGGGGUUGACUUGUUUCCCCAAGGUUUCCUUGGCAAGUGGGAUGUAAUUCAGUGACUGAAGCAUUGAAAGAAUGGGAAAUGUUUGGGAUCUCAGAUAUGAAGAAGCGGGUUUCAUGCAGUUACAAGAAGCUGUAGGAGGGCUUGAUUACAGAGGGUUUUUUUUAAAUUUUCUACAUUUUUACUUGUAUUUCGACCAUUUUGGACCCAAAUAUGCAUGUUUUACUACAAAGGGAAUUACACUGAGAAAGGAGCAUGGCCUACAGCUUCUGAGAAGGGAGGGAGAUGUGUGGUGGUGGAAAAGGACCCCUGUCCUGGUGCUUGUGGUUCAGUGGUGCCACUUGGGCUGAGUGGGCAGAACCCCCUCAGCAGCCUUUGGCCACCAGUGCCCUUCCUGCAUGGAGGAGAACACCUUAAAUACUGCUGGGGGGGGGAGUAUGGGAAGUGUAAGCACUGAUGGCAGCAUGUAAAGCAACUGGAGGGUUUGGCAGGGGCACAGUUGAUAUUGGGGCCCAUUUAUUGCCUGCAUGAAAAACACUUUCCUAACAAAACGUGGAAAUCCGGCGUCUUGGAGGAUUUACACUCCCUUGGGAGAGACAACGGUGCUUUCUUCGAGAUGUAACAGGGUUUUGGGAGGUGGCCAGGGUAUUAUCAUUUGAUUUUGGUGCCAGAAGCUUUCCUCCUAUGACUAGAAAAGGAAUUUAGGAAAGGAAACACAAAGAAUGGUGUUGUCACAAGAGUGAACCUCUGAACAACUACUGAUUUUUAAACUGGAAUUUAUAGUCUCCUUGAGGCCAAAACUUUGCCUUUCCUACUCAGGACAAGUCUCCCACUGAAGCCAAUUAACUCUAUUGGAGUCUUGCCUAGGAAAAAUUUUGGACUGCAGUUAUCCAACCUAAUUGCAAGAACGGUUGUUCUAAGUUGAUGUGAAACUGAGAUCUUAAAGGAAGAACAAAGGUAGAUAACUACACUCAGAUAUAAAACUUCGAGGCAAAUUUUGAGUGAGUACAGAAGAAUAUGGAAGAAAGUAACAUCCUGAAGGUGAAGAUGAAGUCUGGGCACAGUAAACAGCUAACUAACAUUGCAGUGGGAGGGGGUGGAAGGCAGGCCAUGGACAGCCCUUUCAGGGAUUUACUGUCAUGAACAACCAAGGGGAUUAGACCUAAAAAUUCUGAAUGUAAACCACUAGGCCCUGGUAAUAAAUACCCACAGCACAGAAAGAAGUGGGAAUGGGCUGUCAGUGUCCUCUGUUAACAUCAGAUUAACAUCAGCUCAUUCCUGGAGUUACGUGCAUUUAAUUUUCCCCUUUUUACUGAUGAAACUCAGAAACAAGAAGCUGAGGUCAUGGGGGCACAGUUUCUGCUAAAGAAAUUUAUGUCAUGGUGCUUCAAGAUUUUCAGUCUAUUCAAUGCAAUGCAAUGAAGAUUCAACAUUUUUAUAAUCUUGUUCUGCAAAGAGUCUCAAAGUGCAGGUGCAGAACAACUGUAGGUAUGUAUGGGAGCACAGACAGACUCUAAUAUUUUCUUUUUGCCAUUUCACAAAGUGUGUCCUGGUUCAAUGAGUUGACACUGUGCAUCUGGUUUUGCUGUGUCACUUUGACUGUGCCACAUAUUUCUGAUAGAGCUCUAGACUGAAAAUCAAAUCUUCGUCCAUAAGAUGCAGGGGAAACUCUUCUGUUCCAUUUAAUUUCUCUGGAUUUAGUUCAGGUAUUCCUGUCUGUGUGUACUCUGCUUCCUCUGUACUUGUGUCAUACUUAGAUUAACCAGCCUGCUCUGCCCUGGGUUUACAGCUCUCCUUUACUCCACAGAACUCAUUUUGUCAAUUCAUGUUAUUCUGUAUAAUUAUCUUUUUUUUGUUCUUAAUGCCACUGACUUUUUGUUCAGCUGAAAUACACACUACAAAUAAAUAUUUUUUAAAAAGAGG